ACCCGUGGGCUUUUCCUGAGCGCUUACCUCCACGCGAGACAGCGCGAAUCCGACUUGGUACUUUCAGUCACGCAUUUAUCUCCUCUGGAAGAGACUUCAUCGGCUUUGUUUCUUCUCAGUCACGUCCCGUCCUUCCUUCCUCGUCGCUCCUUUCUAAUGACAACAAGAAGCUUGCGAUCGGUCUUCAAGGCGACCGCAUUGCUUGCGAUCGUCUUCCUCCUGAUAGCUGGCUUCGGGUUUUUCGACUAUGGCGAUUCCCUUUCGCGGAUAAAACCCAUCGUCACUGGUAUCGUCAAACCAACCCCGGCAGAAACGAAGCCGAGCAAUCUAGUUCACUCGCCAACAACCUCACAAAAUCCCGAGCCUCCCAGUGUCAGCGGCAGUUCUGAGCUUUCACAAGAUGACAAUGCCACGUUCAUUGAUAUACCAGCAUAUCUGCACGCCAUCAUGAAUCCUGCAUCUACGACUUUCCCGCGACUUGAGUGCCCACAGCCAAACCUUGAAAGGUACGCGUACCUCGGUGGAUCAUCUGGAUCACUCCAACAUGGGCAGCUUCCUCGAUACUUCUUUGCCCUCGAUUUACAUCAAUGUGUUGACCUUCUCCCGCGAUUGAUUGGUUCCAUCGUAGAAACCAUGUACUUCCUUGGGCCACAGAAUUGCGUGCUAUCCAUAGUCGAAGGAAGAUCCGACGAUGGCACCUUUGAAGUACUUGAGCAGCUUCGCGCUAGCAUGCAGCUCCUCGGAAUAAGAUACCACUUCAAAUCGAGCGACAUUAACCCUUUGGCCAAAGGAGAAAAUCGCAUCGAGAAUCUUGCAAAGCUCCGCAAUCUAGCCCUGAGAGACCUCAUUGCUCAUCCGGAGCAUUACGACGAGGAUACUACGGUAAUUUUCUCCAACGACGUGGCUUUGUGUAUGGAAGAUAUUCUGGAAAUAAUACAUCAGCGGAAGUUUCAGGGAGCAGAUCAGACCUGUGCCAUGGAUUGGACAUACGUUGGUGAAAACCCGUCAUUUUAUGAUGUCUGGAUUGCGCGCGGCACCACUGGUGAUUUGUUCUUUGAUAUCCCGGAAAACGGAUCAUGGGAUAAUGCUUGGAACCUCUUCCACAAUGACCCUAAAGCACACGCACGCUGGUCGAGCUCGAAACCAUUCCAGGUGUUUUCGUGCUGGAACGGCAUAACAGCCUUCACAGCGAAACCGCUCAUGGAGAAAAAGAUCAAGUUUCGGGCGCAUAAGGAAGGCGAGUGUUUCCAAGGCGAGCCGAAGUUGUUCGCCAAGGACAUGUGGUUUAACGGCUACGGAAAAAUAGCUGUAGUACCUAGCGUAAACGUGGAAUACUCGGAUGAAGGAACAAAGAAGAUCAAGGCUCUGAAAGGAUACACAUCUAAGCAUGUUGCGAACGAAGAAGAUGAUAUCAAAAUCGAGUGGGAGAUUUCUCCGCCGGAGAAGGUGAAGUGCAUGCCAGACUAUCGACACCAAACGUUUGUUGCUUGGGACGAGGGACUGAGGCGUUAAUGUAAUCGGAAAUUAAAUGUGAA